AUGGCUUCUUCCUUGUCACUCAGUCCAUCCUUGUCACUCAACCGUCCAAUCGAUCGGAAAUGGUUCGCCGGAUUUCCUAAUCAUCCAUUUGUCGGAAAAUUUCCGUCUGGAUCUUGUUCUUCUGCCCAAUAUUCUAGCUAUAGAUUUAACUCCUCCUUUUAUCCCAAAGGCACGAGAGCGUUGGCCGAGCCUGUGUUAUCGCCGCCUUUACCGACACAAAGCCCAUCAACCUCCUCAUCUCCUUGGCUUAUGCUGCCGCCUGCCUUUGACGUCGACGUUAGCGGCGCCGCCAGCAGGAGCUACAAGUUCUACAGCCUCGCCGACAACAAAAUCGUAACCCUAACCACCGGAAAAAGCAGCAAAGAAAGAGAAGAAUUGCCAUGGUCCCCCUUGUUGUUUAGGGGCUCUUCACACGGCUGGCUAGCUUUGCUGUGCCCCGGAACCCGCCAUCUGUUUCUCUACAAUCCCAUCUCCCGUCGACGUAUAAGCCUCCCUUCCCUUACCGACCUGCCGAGUUUCCCACCCACCGAUUACCCUACCGCAUACAAGGUCAUCCUCACGUGCUCCCCUGACGAAGACGGACCGAAUUGCCGGGCCGUGAUGAUUUAUAAUAACAAUCAUGGGCUGGCUUUCUGCUGCCCUGGGUCGAGCAAGGAGUGGACCCGCAUCGGAGAUCACCACUGGUUUGAUGAAAAAAAGGGGAAGUCCUUCGCAAUGGGGUACACGGACUGUGUCUACUCCACAAGACACGAAGCAUUGUUUAGCCUGGCGUCAAACGACGUGUUGGAUGCUUGGAGUCUUCGGGACCCUCAGUCACCGAGGCUUGUAAAGAUAGCCGAUGUUAGUCACACGAGAGUACAUCUUGGCUACCCGAGGAGAAAGAAAGAGAAGAAGAUGUGGCUGACAAAUGCUCCACUGGAGCAUCUGGUAGUGGCCGGGCAGGAUCUUCUUGUGGUGACUCAAUACAUGGUUGAUUCAUUUGAUUUUGAUGGAUUGUAUGUCGAUGCCAAUGACCCGGAUACCUAUGCCUUCGAACGAGGACUUCCGUGUGUGACUGUUGAUUUUGAUGUUCAUAAAUAUGAUCAUAAGGAUAGGGGUUUUAAGUAUGUGGAGGGUUCGUCUUUGGGUGGUUGGGCUCUUUUUGUCGGCUUCUGCAGCGACGCAGUCGCGUUGCCGGCGGCCGAGUUCCCGGAGCUUAAACCCAAUUCAAUUUACUUCACGGAUGGAAUGGAAGAUGUGCUGAUUGACAACAAUUUCCCAACAGGUGGCCAUGACAUUGGCAUUUUCAAUUAUGAGAACAAGACUGUGUCGCCAUGCUAUUUUCCGUGUGAUGCUAAGAACUUGAGAAAGACUUUCCCAGGGCCUAUGUGGUUCUUCCCAAGUCGUGGAUGA